AUGAAACUCGCUACUUGUCUCCUCCCGCUCGUUUACAUAGCAGUCGCGGCCUGCUUUCAGAAUGAACAAGUCCUUCUGGACAACUCGCUGCAAACGUACCCGGGCUUCGAUUUAGAUCUGAACGAACUCCGAUGGGUCCAGCUAGAGGGAGAAGCCGCUCCUGUGCUGAUGUCCGAGCUCGAGAAGAUCGAGCUGAAAGCACAAGGAUUCAAGUUCUUCGACGUAUCCGAGACACCCGACCUGGGUUCUUAUUCUCACCUCAAGGCCGCGAACAAGCCCUCCUAUCCCACCCCUAACAAGACGGAACUGGUCGAGCCAAUUCUGAAGACCCUUGAGAUUGACAAUCUCGUCAAGGGCUUGACUGCCUUCACCAGUUUCCGGACCAGAUAUUAUCGUAGUGAUACCGGCAAACAAAGCCAAGAAUGGCUGCUCACCACUAUCAACGAGGCAAAUACAGACAUAGCAAUCACGACGAAAUACGCCUCGGACUCUCUUAGAGAACUUAUAACGGUCAAGGAAUUCCCUCACACUUGGAUUCAGAGCUCAGUGGUCGCGAGAAUCAAUGGCUCAACUCCAACUGAGGAUGGAGUAGUUGUCAUUGGGGCCCACCAAGACAGCACCAAUAUGUGGCCGUUCUUGCCUGCUCCCGGCGCUGAUGAUGAUGGUUCUGGCUCUAUGAGUAUUCUGGAAGCUUACCGGGCGCUGCUCGCAGCUGACUUCCGACCCGAACGUGCCGUUGAAUUUCACUGGUACUCCGCCGAGGAGGGUGGCUUGCUUGGCUCCCAGGCGAUAGCACAAGAUUACGAGCGUCGUGGCGUGAACGUUAUCGCCAUGAGCCAGUAUGACAUGACGGCAUGGGUCAAACGGGGUACUCGCGAGGAAGUUGGGGUCAUCGUUGACUACACGGACUCAACUUUAACGGAGCUUAACAAGCAGCUUGUCGAUAUGUACCUUGACAUUCCGUUUGUCGAGACUAAAUGUGGCUACGCCUGCAGUGACCACGCUUCAUGGGCUAAGGCCGGAUAUCCUUCCGUGUUCACGAUCGAGAGCACCUUCGAGAAUUCGAACAAGAACAUACACAGUGCAAACGAUCGGAUGGACGUGUCUGACGAAUUCAGCUUCUCCCAUAUGCUGGAGUUCUCCAAGCUUGCCGUCGCGUUUGCGGUUGAGUUGGGAGGAUGGGCGUGA